UGUAAUACGUUUACUCACGUAUACUAAAAAUCACAGGUUUAUAUUAAUGCUCUAAUGCGUUAUGGUUUCUAUAGUAACGGCUCGCUCACAGGGACGUGUACAGCGCAUGCUCCACUGAUAAUAAACCGAUUAUAAAGUGUGUUUAUGUAGCGUGUAUGGAAGGAGUCUCCAGUGUCAGCGCUGUGUAACAGUCAGAGGUCAAGCUGUAACUUUUUCUGACAUUUUGAAGCUGUAUGUAUUUUUUUGCUUUUGCUGUGCUGUGAGAGGAAUAAAACACGUGGGGACGUGCUGUGAGAGGAAUAAAACACGUGGGGACGUGCUGUGAGAGGAAUAAAACACGUGGGGACGUGCUGUUAGAGGAAUAAAACACGUGGGGACGUGCUGUGAGAGGAAUAAAACACGUGGGGACGUGCUGUGAGAGGAAUAAACCACGUGGGGACGUGCUGUGAGAGGAAACUAAGCAACGUGAAGGAGGUAACAGUGACUCCGCGUCAUCACUCCACCCUGCUGAUGUUUAAUACGUAUAUAGUCUUUCUAUAAAUAGUUGAUUUUUUCCUUCAUUUAGAGUUGAAUUGUUUUUUUUUCUGUUUUUAAGCGCAAUUUAAAUGAAUGGAUGAUGCUAUAAAGAUGAUCGUCCUCUUCUUCUUCUUCUUCUUCUUCUUCUUCUUCCUGGUAAACUGAUCUGUUUUUCUUUAGGUUUGACUCCGAAUCCCAAACUCACAUCAUCACGUUGGCAAAACGUUAAUCAAGCCACGAGAGAACUGAAACCGUGGCAGCGUCUCCACACGCCGGGGGAUUACUGAAGCUUUACGCUCAACAACACGCAGAGAAAAACAGGCCGUAAUCCUGCACUGGAGCUACCAGGCUAAUGGAGCUAACAGGUAAUGGAGCUAACAGGUAAUGGAGCUAACAGGACUUGUUUGUCUCAGUGGGCUCCUCUCUGUCCUCCGUGUCGUGUCCGGAUCUGAGGGACGGGUCGACAGAUGCGAGUGUCCAUCAGCCACCAUCACGGAUCAGUUUCCUUCCCAUUUCUCCAACGAGACCUGCUGUCUGAACUUCACUGGAUCUUCAUUUCCACGAGUCUCAUGGGCCGCAUUAAGAACCACGCCCGACCUUCAGACCCUGGAUUUGUCCUUUUGUAACGUCACACUGAUCCAUGACACGGCUGUGGGUUCUGCUCCUGCUUCUCUACGAGAGAUUUAUUUAAAUCAGAACCAGCUGAGAUUCCUUCCUCGAGAUUUCCUCGUUGAUGCCGUCGGUUUGGAGGUGCUGGAUUUGGGGCAGAACUUUCUGGAGGAACUUCCUGUCCAUUUCCUAAAGAAUGCUGAAAAUCUGCGAGUUCUGAUUCUUAGCGGAAAUCGUUUGAAAUCACUUCCUGCGUCCGUCCUCAAACUUCCCCUCCAGCGGAUGGAUUUAUUGGGAAAUCCGUGGACAUGUGCUUGCUCUUUCGUGGAGGAUUUCCACUCUGCUAAUCAGGGCAACUCCAGCAGGUUGCAGGGCAUUGUGGGUAACCUGACAUGUUCUUCCCCUGAAAGCCUUUCAGACAGGACAGUUUGGUCCGUCCACAUUGAUGACGUUUGUCGUCUUUCAGGUCUGAAUGCUCUCUUCAUCCUGCUUCCGCUCCUCCUCCUCGUUCUUCUGAUGCUCUGCUGGUGCUGCGGGAGGAAAGAGGAGAAGAAAGACUUGCAGAAAUCUGGGACAGUGCGUAUGAAGAACGGAGAUUUAAGCAACGGGAGCACAAAGGACAACAUGUUGAAGAAGCAGCUGAUGUUCAGACCUUCUUCAGCUCUUCUGGGCAGCACGAGGGACAUCUACGAGGAAGUGGAGGCGAAACUGGGGUCAGUGGACUCUCUGGGACCUCCACCUUCCACCUCAUCUGGUAAAGAGGAGCACCAGGAACUGGACAGUAAGCAGGAUUUAGAGACGGUGAGUGUGAGCGAGGUGAUGAGGGACUCAGCGGAUCGAGAGAAAGCCUACAUGACUCAGUCCACUAAAUACUACAGCCUGGUUCCGGGGCUGGAAAUCGACGACUCGGACCAUGGCGAGUACGAGAGCGUGGAUCUGUCAUGAAGUUCCGUCUUCACUACUGGACAGUUCCAGUCUAUUUCAAUAACCUCGGGUGGACAGUGGUAAUUAUGGAAGUUUACAAUAUACUGAGAACUCUGAAGUGAGAACCUCGUACACAAUCGAGUCCAAAAGACUUCCACUGUUAGGAACUGUUGGUGUAGAUGAAGGACUCAGAUGUUAGUAUGAGUACACUCAGAAAACUUGUGUGUUGAAUCUGAAUCGGAGUGAAAUUGAUUCUUAUUGAUUCGUUUGUGAUGUGGUUCGGUUUCACGCUGCACAAUAAACAAACCUUUCAUGAUUAGACAACGAUGUAAAUAACUCGUUUAAAACGUCUCUGUGGGACAUCCAGAGUUAAUUUUUUUACUUUUCGUUUGUUUUGUGCGUCCGAAUCUCCAGAACACGUGGCGUUUCUGCAGUUCUGUCCUUAUUACAGCCGGGAAAGUUGGGACUCAGACGAUGGAGGGUUCUAGAGUGUGGGUUUGUCCUGACCACACUGUGUUUUGUUUUAAAUGAGACGCUGGACAGGACAUGUGAGACGUGAGGAAUGUGGAUUAAAGACGUUAACUAGCA